AGUCGGCUGAUACUACAAGGAUGUGGGGUGAUCUAUGUAUUGUUUGCUGUAUUAGGAAAGUUGAAUGCUGCGUUUAUCACCAUUCCCUAUAGUGUCCUUGGAGGAACUAUGAUACUAUAUUAUGGAAUAUUUUUUGGAGUUAUUUUGUCACAGUUACAGUUUGUGAAUUUAAAUGACACGAGAAAUCUUGCUAUAUUAGGAAUCAGUGUGUUAGUGGGAUUCAUGCUACCUCACUGGGUGGAAAAACGACCCGAUGGCUUAAAUACCGGUAUUGAAGGAUUAGACAGAACUCUUACUAUGUUAGCAGCCAAUGGUGUAUUUGUGGCAGGAUUCGUAGCUUGUUUUCUAGAUAACACAGUUUCAGGUAUAUUAAUAUCCCGAUUAUGA